UGUGCGGGCCGACUGGGGGAGGUGACUUGAUGUCAUCGUGAGCAGCUGGGCGGCGGGUGCCGGUGCGCACAGAGCCGGGGCUCCUGUGGUGCUGCGCGGGUCGGGUGCCACGACUUGAGGAGAGGUCUGCGCGCUGCCCCGGCCAGCCCAGAGCCCGUCGGGCGCCCGCGCCCCGACCCGGGGCUGAGUUGGGUGCACGCUCCGGCCCCCCCCGGAGCCAGAGAGAGAACCCAGGAGCGCCGCCGCCCAGCGCCAGCGCCCUGAACCGGACCGCAGCUCGGGAGCCCUGAACAGCUGCUCCCCUCCCCACCGGCAGCCCCUGGAGGGUCGGCGACCAAAGUCUGGGCAUCUGAGAAAGCCAGGGUGGGAACCCUAACUGGACUCUUCCGACCCUCAGGAAGGACCUGAGACCUGAGCCAUCCUCCUCUCUACCGUGCUUGCCCCCCAGGACUGGGCGGUUGCCAGAGGCCCUGGGGGGGGGGCCAGGACUCUGGUUGCCCUCCUCCCCGCCGCACAGGAUGGGCCCAAGUUAGUCAGCUCAGCCUCACGCAGCGUCCUGCAGGCCCAGAGGGAAGCUCAGGGGCUCUGAAGGCUUGGCCUGCCGCUUGACCGCCAUGGAGACGAAGCUGCCCCCCGCGAGCACCCCCGGCAGCCCCUCGUCCCCAGGGCUGUCCCCGGUGCCCCCACCCGACAAGGUGGACGGCUUCUCCCGCCGUUCCCUCCGCAGGGCCCGGCCCCGGCGGUCCCACAGCUCCUCUCAGUUCCGCUAUCAGAGCAACCAGCAGGAACUCACUCCACUGCCCCUGCUCAAAGAUGUGCCAGCCUCUGAGCUGCAUGAGCUGCUGAGCCGGAAGCUGGCCCAGUGUGGGGUGAUGUUUGACUUCUUGGACUGUGUGGCCGACCUGAAGGGGAAGGAGGUGAAGCGGGCGGCGCUCAAUGAGCUGGUGGAGUGUGUGGGGAGCACUCGGGGGGUCCUCAUUGAGCCUGUCUACCCAGACAUCAUCCGCAUGAUCUCAGUGAAUAUCUUCCGGACGCUACCACCCAGUGAGAACCCUGAAUUUGACCCUGAAGAGGAUGAGCCCAACCUUGAGCCUUCAUGGCCACAUCUUCAGCUGGUAUAUGAGUUUUUCCUGCGUUUCUUGGAGAGCCCAGACUUCCAGCCCUCCGUGGCCAAGAGAUAUGUGGAUCAAAAGUUUGUCCUGAUGCUCCUGGAGCUAUUUGAUAGCGAGGACCCUCGGGAGCGUGAGUACCUCAAGACCAUCUUGCACAGGGUCUAUGGAAAGUUCCUGGGGCUCCGGGCCUACAUCCGCAAACAGUGCAGCCAUAUCUUCCUCCGGUUCAUCUAUGAACUCGAGCACUUCAAUGGCGUGGCUGAGCUGCUGGAGAUCUUAGGAAGCAUCAUCAACGGCUUUGCGCUGCCCCUGAAGACCGAGCACAAGCAGUUUCUGGUUCGAGUCCUGAUUCCCCUGCACUCUGUCAAGUCGCUGUCUGUCUUUCACGCCCAGCUGGCAUACUGUGUGGUACAGUUCCUGGAGAAGGAUGCCACUUUGACAGAGCAUGUGAUCCGGGGGCUGCUCAAAUACUGGCCCAAAACCUGUACCCAGAAGGAGGUGAUGUUUCUGGGGGAGAUGGAAGAGAUUCUGGAUGUCAUUGAGCCCUCCCAGUUCGUGAAGAUCCAGGAGCCCCUCUUCAAGCAGGUGGCUCGCUGCGUGUCCAGCCCCCAUUUCCAGGUUGCAGAGCGGGCUCUGUAUUUCUGGAACAAUGAGUAUAUCCUGAGCCUCAUUGAGGACAACUGCCAUACUGUGCUGCCUGCUGUGUUUGGGACCCUCUACCAAGUCUCCAAGGAGCACUGGAAUCAAACCAUUGUGUCUCUGAUCUACAAUGUGCUCAAGACCUUCAUGGAGAUGAAUGGGAAGCUGUUUGAUGAGCUCACAGCCUCCUACAAGCUGGAAAAGCAGCAGGAACAGCAGAAGGCCCAGGAGCGUCAGGAGCUGUGGCAAGGCCUGGAGGAGCUACGGCUGCGCCGGUUACAGGGGACCCAGGGGGCCAAAGAGGUCCCGCUCCAGCGGCUUACACCCCAGGUGGCCACUGGUGGAGGUCAGAGCUAAAGAUCCCCAGAAGGAGAGGAGCUAAACCCAGAGCUGUCAGUCCCUCCAUCCUCCCUCCUGCCCAGGGGUCCAGAGAGAUACACACCUACUCCUGGCCUUGCCAGAGGGGGCUCGGAGGGCUUCCUGCCUGGCCCGGCGUGGCCAGUUUCCACUGGGGGGAGAGGAGGAGAGAUGGGGGUCCUGGCAACAGAACUCUCAGGCCCUCCUGGCAGGACUUGACCAGGGCGAGCUUGACCAGGAAGCUGCCAUUGGGGAUCUGCCUCUGCCCCACAAAGCUGGGCUACAGACUGCAGGCAGGUUCCCACCCCCUGCUCCCAGCCUAGGGCAAGGGGGCUCGGCCCCUCACCUGCCCCACCUUGUGCCAGCGGGAGGGCCUUCCUCACCCCACCAUGGGAUCCAUGGUCUAUUUAUUCUCCCCCAGCUCACCUGCAACACAGACAUUAUCCUGGGCCUGGGGCACCCUCCUUCCUUCCCUCCCCUCCCUUGCCCUGUACAUCCUUGUCCCCUUUUUAUUUAUUGGGCAGGGGGAGGGGUGAGGGCACAGGCAGAAGAUUCCCUGUGUCCUGGGGCAACGGGGGUGGUCACAGUAACCAUGGUCUGUUCCCCUUUCCCUGGCUGGGGGUAGAUUUAAUAAAGAGAGAAAC